GUUCCUGUCUAGGCUCACACUCUGUGUUUGCUAUGGACACUACAGCUAACCUGGAAAGACUGACGCGAAGCCUCCAGGUUGUGGCAGGGCCAACCACCAAGAGCAGUUUGGUUCUCUUCCACCAGCCCUUUCUAAAAGCAGGUGUGAACCUUUCACACUUCCUCUCAGAUCCGCAGUCCCCAGUCACUGUCAUUGGUAUACCACUUCCCUCUUAGGCACAGCCCACUUCCCCCCUCCAGCUCCCUCCUCUUUCUUCUGUGAUGACAGCAUCCUGAGGAAGAGAAGUUGUAAGGAAGACUUCACUUUCAGCUAGCUGAAGUUUCCCUAUUAGUGCUGUGACAUCAUCCCUACCCUGGAAAUUCCACUCAUCCUCCUGUGCCCCCACUUCUGGCCCAGGCUUCAGAGUCCCUAUAAAGAGGGGGUCCCAACUCACAGCAGCACAGGACACAGGUUCUGAAGCUUCUGAGCUCUGCAGGCUCAGCUCCACCAAGCCUCUGAAUUCUGCAAUCUUGUCUCCACCAUGACCAUGAAAUCCUGCAUGAUGGUCCUCACUCUCCUAGUGAUCGGAGCUGCCUUCUGCUCUCCAGUGCUCUCUGCACCAAUGGGCUCAGACCCUCCCACAGCCUGCUGCUUCUUUUACACCCAGCGGAAGCUUCCUCGAAACGUUGUGACUGAUUACUAUGAGACCAGCAGCCUCUGCUCCCAGCCAGCUGUGGUAUUCCAAACCAGAAAGGGCAAGCAAGUCUGUGCCAACCCCAGUGAGCCCUGGGUCCAGGAGUACGUGGAAUACUUAGAACUGAACUGAAUUCCUCAAGCUCAGAGGCAUGAUGUCUUCAGGGAAGGUCACCUGGGCCCAGACACUUCACGCUGAGAUGCGCCGUGUUCUCCAAGCUGACAAUGCCUCUCAGUAGUUUCUGUCCCUUCUCAUAAUUUAUUCUUCAGUGUGUGCUCUGUUAUUGGAUUCAGUAUCAUUUUUAUUAUUUAUGCUUGACCAAAGGACACGUCUCCCAUGGAGAUGGUCCAUCAUCAUUCUCUUUGUGCUAUUAUGCAUACAUGGAAGGUGCAGUUGAUUCCAUGAAUUUUCAUAAUAAAACUUUUUUUUAAAAUGGAA